CUCUCCCUGUAAAUUAUAUCAUCAUCAAAAUCUAUUAUUCCAACUCAUCACCUUCUAAAAUACAAUGAAGCGAACAACAGGACUUACAAGGGGGCAAUCAACAGGUGAAUUAGUAAACAAACAAAUGGUUAAUAAGGAAUUGGAAACUUUGAUGAGCAAUACGGCAGCAGCAAAGAAAGAGAACGCUGCUCAAGCACUCUUGGAAACGAAAAGAAAAGCCACAUUGAAGGAAUCAACAGAUAAGAAAAAGCUUGCACUCCACUAUCCCAAAUACAAAAAGCAAGGCUUUACUCAUACAGAUUUGAGAACAAACGAAGAGUUUGCAAUGCAGCAACAACAGCAACAGCAACAACAAAUGCCAGAAAAUCUAGAGGAAGAUGCUGAAAUAACAGAAGAGGAAGAAGAAGUAAUUGAGGAUGUUGAUGAGACUAGAGAUUUUAACAUUGAUGAAACACUUCCUGAAGCUCUUAUUAUUUCAAAGAAGGAAGUUGAAGAAGCAUUCAGAUUCCUUGAUGUCAGACAAAGAAAAAAACUCACUCCAAAAGAUUUGAAAAUGCGAUUGAAAUCCUUCUAUCCAAAUAUGACAAACAAGGAGUACAAAUUCCUCAUUUCUGAACCAGAGUUUACCAUGCAAACACUUCAACAAAUUUUAAAUAUCGACACAAGAAAUUCAAUUUAUGGAUCCAAUUUUUAUAGAAGUUAUGAUCCUGUCAAGGAAGCUUUUAAAGUUUUUGAUCCAAAAGAUUCUGGAUUUAUUGAUGAAAAACAUUUGAAAGAAAUUAUGGAACAAUUAGGUUUGGGUCCAAUUACUUUCGAAGAUAUGAAGGUACUGAUCGAAAUUGCAGAUAAGGAUGGAGAUGGAAAAAUUUCAUUGGAAGAUUUUAGAGAUAUGACCAAUUUGCCAGACAAUUAAAUUAUUUUACGAGAUUUUCCUUAGCAAAUCCAAGAAGAUAUCCUGAAUAUAAGCUAUGGAAUGGUGUAAAUGCUCUCGUUAUCAAAUCUGUCUCUAAAACAGCACUUCC